ACCAGCAUUUGAAAAACUUGGCAGCACCUUAUCCACACAUACCUAAGCUUCUCAUAAUACUCACAUCCAAGAAAAAGAAAACUGAGUCCAAGUUCAAGAAAAACAAGAAGAAGAACAAAAAUUUGAGUAAGAAAAUGUCAGUAGCAUCCUCAAUCCCACAUAUCAAAAUCCCAAACCCAUCAUCAUCAUGUUCGUCUUCAUCUUCACCAUCGACAACUUGUUCUUCUUCUUGUUUUAGACUUUCAACAACCACAUUAAAGCCUUGUACUGUGACUAUCAGGAGUUAUUCUCAAGCUGAAGGUCCUAUAAGGAGACCUGUGGCUCCUUCUCCUUCUCUUAGAGAACCUUCUCCACUAUCACCUCCUUUGAAGCCUGUCCCUCCUUCACCGCCAUCUUCUCCGGCGACUCCUCCACCGCCUAAGCCUGCAUCUGCUGCUCAGCUUGCUUUGGAGAAUGUCAUCACUUUGGAGUUUCAGAGACAAAAGGCAAAGGAGCUACAGGAUUAUUUUAAACAGAAGAAACUUGAGGAGGCUAAUCAAGGCCCUUUCUUUGGUUUCCUUGCCAGCAAUGAAAUUGCUAAUGGAAGAUGGGCGAUGUUUGGUUUUGCUGUUGGGAUGCUAACAGAGUAUGCAACAGGAUCAGACUUUGUUGAUCAAGUCAAGAUCAUUCUCUCCAAUUUUGGAAUAGUUGAUCUAGAAUGACUCUAUUCUUCACCACCAUCCAUACUUUUUUUUUUAAUUUUACUUCUGUAAUUGCUUUCUUGAUCCUUUAAAGCUAUUAAUACAUUUUAAAUUUAUGUAAUUGCUGUAUCACAUCCAAUAGUGUUCAAUUUCUUAAA